AAUUAAAAAUAAAAAAUCAACUACCGUAUAAUAAACAAUAUCUUUGCAUCAGACAAAUUAAUUAACUUCCCUUAUCUGACUAUUCCUUUUUAUCCUUUAUAUUUUUUGUUGACCUUUCUUUGCUCUUUACAAUUCUUAAAACUAUUCCUAUUUGGGAGAUACAAUGCAUAGUCAAAUAACCAAUAGCAUAUUUAGUUGCUAUAUAAGAAGAGGCGCAACAUUAUCAUUUGAACACACCUUAUACAAACCAAGAAAAAACUCUCCCCUUCUUCAAUUCAUAUAUCAAUUCAAGAUUAUGGGCAAAAAUAGUGUCUCAGCUUGGUCUCAAGAAAAUUCCAAUAGUAAUAAAAAGCUGAAAUUAUUCGGAGUGGAGGUGGAGCAAUUUGAUGAUGAUGAUAAUAGCAAGGGCGGGUGGUUGGAGGGCGACGACAGCGUGAACUCGUCGGGCUCCUCCACGGUGACCGACAAACCAGAGGCGGAGGACAAGAAGUUCGAGUGCCAAUACUGCUUCAAGGUUUUUGCAAACUCGCAGGCUUUAGGAGGCCACCAAAAUGCACACAAGAAGGAAAGGUUGAGGAAAAAGAGGCUGCAGCUUCAAGCAAGAAAGGCCAGCAUCAAUUGCUACAUUCAACCUUUUUAUUACAACAACAAUCAAAAUAGUGAUAGGCAUUCUCUGAAUUAUUAUGGGUCUAAUCCUGCAUGGUUCUAUGAUCCCGAAUUUUCGGUUUACGAGGAGCAGCAGCCGCAGCCGCAGCCGCAGAUCAGUUUUGGUGCUGGUCCGUCGUCAAGGGUCGGGGUCGACCAUGUUCCAUUUCAUCAAGACACGCGCGCGUUUAGUCUCACGCACAAGUCGAGGCCCCUCCUCAUCAACAAGCCUUCCUCCAUGCCUAAUUCCAACACUAGGAAAAAUUUGGAUCUUCAAUUAGGCUUGAGUUUGCAUUCUACGAUUUGAGUUUAUACGUUUAUUGCCAGAUCUAUAAAUAUAUAUAGGAUAUAUAGGGCCUCAUUUUUCUUCAAAAGUAGGGGCAUCAAAGCCCUAAUUUUCUCUUUCCAGUUAGGGUUUGCACUGUUGCUGAUGAUCACGUUUGGCUUCAUUGAAUACAGGUGAAAUUUUGAAUUUCA